GGCUGGGAUUUCCUCAUUCUAUUUCCACUUUUCUACUUGUUCAGAUCACACUGAGCAGCUUCCAAAAAUCACCGAAAUUAUUUCAUUAUUUUUCAGCAAAAAAAUCAAAUCCCCAAUUUUCAAAACAGAAAUAUUAAAUAUUUUUAAUUCGAAAAAAGUAUAAUUUCGAAAUAGUGAUUUUCGGAUCAAAUAUUUUACACAAAAUAACACAAGAGAAUAAGAAUUAGAGAGAGCGGAAACUAAAGCGAAUAAAAAAAAAAGAAAAAUCAACAAUCAUGGACACUGGUCGUAAAAAUCCUUGGGGCGCAGAUGUAAUGCGUGACCUAUACGAGUCCUGGCUGAUCCUUUUGGUCUGCGUCCUGGUGCACUGGAAUCAAUGGCACCUCCGUGCCACACCCCCCGCCCCGGCCCUACUACCCGAUCCUGCCGAUAUCCUGCCGGAACUAAAUAUCCCAAUCAGUGAUGAGCAACGCUGGGCAGAUGUCCUUUUCUGCAGCGCCUUCCUCUGCUCGAUCCUGCAGUAUCGUUAUAUGUGGGCCAGUCGAUGUCGCCAUUGGAUCAGGCUGUUCCUUCUGGUCCUCGAGAUCCUGAUGCUGAUCCAACUGGUGGAGUGGGUGAACCGCGAGAUGUGGCAGCCAGCGAUGGAGAUCUUUGAUGAUAUGCUCCAUACCACCUAUCUCCAUAUUGAGGAGUCCUGGGAGCUAUAUAGACUCUUUCCCGGUCUGUUCACAUGGCUGCUCGAGGAUGCCCCCAUCACUGUCCGGCUGGUGGCCUCGUUCGUCUGCUUCUGCACGGCCCUGGACGCGGCGGCCACCGAAUGGCGGCGAUCCAUUGACUUCCUGGUCCUGGGCAGUGUCCCAGAGUCGCCGAUCAAGAGGCGUCUCCGCCAGCGGCGCUUCAACGUCAGGAUGCAUCGUCGCAACUUCAACUUCAAUCACAAUUUCAAUCACAACUCGCAAUCACCCGAUGUCCUUAUCGCGCGGCGCUUCUGUCGUGCCUGCCUGGCGGAGAUGAAGUGAUGGGAUCCCCAGGAUAGCAAAACAUUCGUAACAUUCCAAAAACUAUCCUUUAGACCACACCCGCUAUCCAAACACAGACAUAGGACACACAGGACACUUUAUUUUCCAAAAAAAAACAAACAAAUUGAAGACAAAUUGUAAUCCUGAGGAGCCAUAUUGUCCAGAUCUCGGUGGUGGAGAGGCUCGUCCUCGUCCUCGUCCAAUUCCCGAGAUUCAAAUUGCAGCAGUGAGGGGUGGUCCUCGUCCUUUAUACUCAAAAUCGACUAAUUAAAGCGUUUGCGGAUUCUAA